AUGAACGGUACCACAUCAGAUACAGAGACUUGUGAACAGACGUCGUGCCCUCUGUGGGAGAGACUGGGAUGCGCGCGUGCAGCGCGUUUUUUUAGACGACGGCUGAGGAGAGUGGCUCCCGAAGGCAAUGGAAAGACGGGGAGUCGUGAAUCUCGUCGGCGCGUCGGCCCUCCCAAGGCAAUAUACAGCGGGUUCAGUGAGCGCGUGCGCACAAAGACUCCUGCAGCGCUGCAGUGCGCGCUGUUUUGUGGUGGUGCUCGCUGUCAGUAUGAAUUGCCAAGACAGAGUCGUACUGCAAUACAGGGAGUGUAUUCUGAUUGGGUCACAGACGACAUCCUCGCGAUGGCGCGUCCUAGCACCGCCAGUAUAGCCGCCAGGAAUAUUAUACAACAGUUUCAUUGUUGGGGAAUCCGCACGGUGAUCAAUCUACAGAUACCAGGAGAGCACUCCAGUUGCGGACCUCCACUCACGAAAUCCGGCUUUACGUACGACCCGAAUAUUUUCAUGGCUAAUGACAUUUAUUAUUACAACUUUGCGUGGCCGGACUAUGGCGAGGCGAGUCUCAGCGGACUAUUGGAUAUGGCUAAAGUGAUCUCUUUUGCGCUGCAAGAAGGCAGAGUUGCUAUACACUGUCACGCAGGCCUCGGACGGACAGGUGUUCUCAUUGCCUGCUACCUCGUGUACUCACUCCGUAUACGAGCGAAUGAUGCCAUCAGACUUGUAAGGAAAAAGCGACCGCGAUCGGUACAAAUGAGUGGACAGAUUCUGUGUGUACAGCAGUUUGAGCACUACUUACUACCGCAGACCAUUGUGUUUAGUUCAAAGGAAGCAUUGAUGUUGACAAGAGAUCGAAAAACAUCUGAGUUCACACUCCGACAGUAUUUGUACCGGCAGAGAGCUAUCUUGCAUGGAGUUGAAGAAAGGGCCUUUAAAUUAUUGCCAAAGAUAGUAUACUGCAUCUGCGAGCGUCUCCUCAAGCUGUGCGGGUGCCACCAAUCCGGUGGUAUCGACUUGAGGAUCAGAAACAGACCUUUCUAUACAACCUUCUUUGUCUACAAACACAAACAAAUUCCACGAACUGAUCCACAAUCUCCGGAUGAAUUUGUACCAAAUCAAGUAUCAACUCUGCCUAUGGUUGAAUGGAGGGAUCCAAUCGAAGAAGACAUCGACAGGAACUUGGAGUCAGUCAGCAGAAUAACGGGCAGCACGAAUGGUGGAAGGAUACCAGCUUUACACGUUCACGAGGCUUUUAUUACCGAUCACAAGAGUCUUCCAGACGAUAAACAAAAGUACCUCAAGCAAUUACGCACAGAUAUCAAUCAGAGGAGAGACGCCAUCAACAAGAUUGAGAAAGAAGAUGAUCCGCUCGUACUCACAGGAUUAUUAUUCGAAUGGCUUGAAGGAUUGAAACAGCCUGUGCUAGACAGGGAAGAUUUGUCAACCAUAAUAGGACGAUGCAAGCACGUGAACUCUUGUCUAGAUGUCUUAGAAAUGGAAGAUGUAAUGCUCAUAGAAUAUCUAUUACGUUUCGUUAUACGCUUGCGACCUCUCGCAGCACAUAAAAAAGUCGACAUUAUCAAACGUCUGAUUGCCGCCUUAACACACCAAAGCGUUCAAAUUAACGGUAAAACACUUCCUGAUAAUGGUCUCCCUAAACUAAGGGAUGGGACAUGCAGCCAAAUUAUCAACUUUAUGCUACGACUAGUCGUUGAAAUACAAAAAGAUAUUAUAAAACCUGGAAGAGAUGAAACGGAUGUAGUCAUUCCGCCACGUAGAUUAAAAAUAAAAGCUUGGAAAUAA